AUCCAAAAAUGAGCGUGGCUGAUCAAGCGAUCGAGCUCGUACGACGACUCAAUGAUCCCAGAUACGCAGCCGGUGCCUCGCAGAUAUCGCGCGAGCUGCAGGAGAUCCAGUUAUCCGAUCAAGGAUGGGCUGCUGCAGAUGCUAUGCUCGACCAUGCAGAUACCAACAUAAAGUUCUACGGAGCUCUGACUCUGCAGAUCAAACUCAACAAAGACAGAAGCACACUCGAUGAUCAAGCAGCCGCUGAACUAAGAUCGCGUCUGAUUCUGUGGUUUGUAANNAUUCGCCUUGCGCUAGGUGACAUGCCUCCCAAACUCAUCAUUGACAAGCUUUGUUCUACAAUGGCCACAUAUUUCAUUCAGUCCCCUGUCCCCUGGACUCAGACUGUACGCCAAAUCAUUUGCUCGUUGCACGCUGGUGAUGUCGUCCCUCACGACAUGCUUGGCACAUAUCCAGACACCAGCCAAAUCAUCAGUGGAUUGUCAGGAUUGAAAUUGUUCAUGGCUGUACGCUUUUGCAGGGUGUUGGCCGAAGAUGUACAGAACAGUUCUAUCUUGGGCCCGCAGUACUAUCAUCUCGAUAACAUCUUCAAGAGCAACACCACUGAUUCGGCAAUACUCAUGACUUAUGUGCUCAGCACGUCAACACCGCUGUCCAUAGAAAUCCGAGUCGAAGCCGUGAACUGCUUCUCUGCUUGGGUCACCUACAGCUUCGCGCACUGGACCACUGACCCUGUCGCCCUGCAGCUUCUACAAAAUCUAACGCCAAUGGCUUUGCAGCAUCUGUUGCACCAUGAGGAAAGCGUCAGGGACCCCACCGUUGAAUUCUUUGUCAAUACGCUGGAGUAUCGCUCGAAAUUCCUUCAANAAGAGCAACUAGAAUCUCUAUCACUGCUAGUGCGCAGAACUAUUGGUCCACAAUGUUUACUGCAGAGCUCAAACUUCUUGGACCCAACUAUUGUGGCAUUCAGCAAACUAAUCACUGCUUAUGGUAAAUUGGUUGUCAAGGACUUAAUUUCGGAGAGAAAUCAUGAAUCAUCUCAAGAAAUCAUUGGUCACCUUANNGAUCUUUUCCAACAACUACUGCGCGCUCCUGGAUACCCUGCUGAAGAUGACCAAGUCAUUCUGAACGUGACCGAGUUCUGGAUUGAGUACGCCGAGCAGAUUGCCGAUACAGUCAUGGACGCAGCAGAGGAUGGGAUUCCUUCCCUAGCAGUUGUCAGAAACGACCUUAUGCAAGCCGUUCAGACAUACAUACCCAAGCUGCAGGCGCCACCUCUAGCAGAAAUGUCCGAGUGGGACGAAGACAAUGUCGAUCACUGGCAAUUCUUCCGCGAUAACAUCAGCGAUUUCUUUGACCAGGUCAACAGCGUCCCAGAGACACAUCUUCUCAGUAAUAUGGUCAUUCUUGCAACCCGUGUCUUGCCCACUCACCAAUGGCUACAUCUUGAGGCCAUAAUCUUCUCGAUCAAUUGCAUCUCGGACUCCAUUGCACUGUCAGAUGAGAACACUCAGGCGCUAUCCGCACUCAUUGGUUCCUCAUUGUUCAGCGACAUCUCUUCCAACAGUGCAGAUAUCCCAAACAAACUCAAGCGUGCUGCCAUGACGCUUGUCGAUCGAUACUCGUCGUUCAUCAAANAGCAUCCACAGUUCCUACCACCUGUCCUCACCUUCCUCUUCACAAUACUAGGAUCUACACCUGCAGACCGUGUCAAGCUCGCGGACGCUUCCGCCAAGUCUCUUGAGCAGCUUUGUUCCUCAUGUCGCAAGUCUCUGACGCCACAUCUCGACGAACUCCUUCAACAAUGCCCGCAAGCACUUUCCGGUCCCUCAGCGAACAGCUAUCAANAAGAGAAGAUUAUGGCAGCUCUGGCCUCGAUCAUACAAGCCUUACCAACCGAGGGAAGCCAAGGCUGCGCCUUUGNNAUUUCGCUCAUUGGGGUUAUCGAGAAUGAUCUUAACACAGCUAUCGCAACUCUGAACAAGGGUAAUGUCGAGGAUAGCGAAGUGCUCGGAACGUCUGCCUUGCAAUGUCUGGCCAGCAUUGGCAAAGGUAUUCAAGCGCCCACCAAUGAUGUAAUCGAUGUGGACAGCGAUGAUGAGGAAGGAAACGACGACUCGGCUGCAGCUGGCGAUUUCUGGACUUCGCAGGCUGGCGUAGAGAUCCAGAAUCGCAUCGUGCAAUGCAUUAACAUAGUCGAGUACCUUCACAACCCGGGCGAUGCAAUGGAUGCCGCCUGUGCAAUCCUGCGCGCCGGUCUUAAGGAGACAAAACCGGGUCCGUUCGUCUUCCCACCUUCGGCCACUGUCGCCUUCAUCAGCAAGGCACAGAUCAGCACACCUCGUAUCGAGGCUAUCAUCGGUACAGCGUGCAGUUUUGUGUCCAACUGUUCGCGCAAGUCGGCACCUCACAUGUUUGACGAGAUGUCAGCGGUCUAUCAGAGAGUAGCGCUGGUGAUGCAGCAGCUCGGUGACCCGGCUAACGACCCUCAACUCGCCCAGCUAUGCAUUGAUUUCAUGCAAAGGCUGCUAGUCAGCUAUAUUGACGUUCUGCUCUCGCCCUCUGAUGAGGAGAUCGCCGCAGCUCUGCAAUUUGUCAUAAAUUGUAUGGCAGGCAACGCGCCCAUGUUAAAGCGCAACGCCUGCAAUUUCUUCGUAAGCCUCGUUCUCGUCUCAGUCUUCGCC